GUCUCGAGUAAACAAAUACCUCUCAAAAAGGAAAGCAGCAAAUCUAUACUGAUGCCUCAAAAAAAUUAGAUGGAACAACUGGAGCUGCAAUUUUUGUAAAAGAAGAAAAUAUAUCCAUAAUCUGCUUCAGGACCUAAGCAGCCAGGACUACCAGAUUUCCCUGCUCUGGGUUCCUUCUCACAUUGGCGUACGAGGGAAUGAAGUAGCAGAUAAAUCUGGCUGAAUGGUCCUGCCAAAGCCAUAAUCAAUAUCAACAACAACAACAACAACAACAAGAGCGAUGUAAACAAGGACGUUAAACGCGAAGCCUGAAGCCUGGAACUCGAAUAAACAAUUUCACUAAUUGGGAUGUCAACGUGCAAUAAACCAGGAGCCACGGAAGGCUCUGUGUUCAAAAGAACAUUUCAUGGAAGACUUGUCCUGAAGGCCCUUGUACCAAAAAAAUUGAGUGAAAACUUUGAAAAUCUGCAAUUUGGUCUUAAUUGCAACGCAAUUGACGGAGUAGUCCGAUUUCGCACGGCCAAAAAGGAAGAUGCAGUUAAUUUGCAAAAGGUUUUGCUCUUCAACCAUGAAUAUGAGGUGAAUGUUGAUAAUAAUAACAAGCCGCACUUGGUCACGGCAGACCAAGUGCAAGCAGACAGAAGCUCGAGUAAUAUCCCAUCGAUGCGUUUCAAUCUUCUAAAUAUUGCUUAUGCGCCUAUCUGGGGACGAGACGAUUUAGUUGAUAUAAUUGGGUUUGUGGAAAACAAUCCUAUCAGCAACAAAGUAAAUUUUGAUGAUUAUUCCAUCUUGUAUUUGUCUGCUCCAGAGCUAUCCCAGUUUAAACCGCUUCGAGUCAAGGUGAAAAGACGCAUUUUAAGCGCCAGCAACUUCCAGAUGCCUUCUAUCGUUGUGAUAACAAAUUUACGCAAAGAUGAAAACACCAAAAAACGACAGGCAAAGGUUCUGAUCUCAACACAUUUAACUCAAAUUGUGGUCAACCCCUUUUGGAUGGAAAAAUUCCACGAACUUAGUAGUUGGGCCUAUGAAACAAAGAAGAUCAGCAGUAUGCAGUUGUUCCCCUCUAGUGCGAGAGAAAUCGAGAACUGCUUGCCCUUUUGGGGACAAUUUGACGCUUUUUUGCCUUUCGCUUCAAUUAUCAAAAUUUUCCCUGACACAAUACAAAUAUUUUGCAUUUCAUGCAAGAACUUAUUGACUACUUCUCCUGUGUGGUGCUCAAAAUGCUCAUUACCCAGAAAGUUAAUAAACUUUGAUAUUUCACUUUGGGUGUUGCUGAGCGAUGGAAUUAACACCCUGGAAGCUUCCUUGACCAGCAAUGCAGCCAAGCAUCUAAUGCGGAAUAAAUUUGCAGGCAGUAUAACUCUCCAGACAGUAAAUGACUUUUUUAAGGGCUUAAAGUCGGCAAUAUUGAAUGUGCAACUCUGCCGACAAAAUGGCAGCAUUGCUGGGGCUGUACUUAUUUCGGAUGCAGCCUAUGUUGACUGAUUCUUCAAUUUUGGGAAAUUUACCACGAAGUGCCACUGACAAUGAGUACCAUUUGUUACAUUUGCGAUGAGUUUUAAACAGGAGACAACCAACACAAUAUCACAUCAUGCUGAAGAGUACAAAUAAAUUCAAGUUUUACUCCCAUUUAAAAAUUGUAAUGAACAGAAGGAGCUUAGACAAUCAGAUAUAUAUUUAAUUCUGUGACUUUGUAAAUAAAUAAAAUGAAAAGAU